UUUACUGUACCAAUUUACUGUUGUGUGAUGUCUUUUUAAAAUUGCUGUUUUUUCUUUUUUUCCUCCCACAAAUAUGUGAAUAUGUGAUUCUGUUCCAUUCUGUUUUGUAGUUUUUUGCACAAUCCGCAAGCAUUGCCACUUUUCAUUUCACUGCACAUCUCGUAUGUGUAUGUGACGAAUACUUGACUUUACUUGACUUGACACUUUUUGGUAUAAAUCAGCAUCUACAGUUCUUUGUUUCUACAAUUAUUUCUCCGGUUGCUGUAAUCUCUUCAGUUUCUCCAGUCAUUAGCAUGCUAACAUAGCAUCCUACUUUCGUAGGUGAGAAUUGUAUUAAAUAAUCAGUUGUGAUUAACUAUUUUGUUGGUGUACAGAAUCGCCUCCACAUCCCAAACCAGCUGCCUCACCUGUACUGGGUCUGAGAUCUAUUAUCUAUAUCCUGUCUUGGGUCUCAGACACUCUGAUCCUUCAGAACAGGGCUGGGAGCAAGUGAAUAUCAUAAUACCUGCCUCAGACCAAAAGACACAGGAAUUGCUUGACCCCACCCCACAUAUUGCAACAGGUGCUCUGCAACUUUACUCAAUCUAGCGAAGUACUUGGGAGACUGGAGUGAACCUUCGCCGACCUAAAUGUCCAUUGUAAAGACCAGCUCGGUCUGACACGAUGAAACGCCGCUGCCGUUUGUAUUAAUCGAAACCCCACUUUAAAUCUGGUAAAUCUGCAAAAACCUGCACCGCGACUCAAGCGAAGGAUAAUCUGCCGGAUAAUCUGCCCGGCGUUUUGUCAUUGGAUAAGGGAAAGCUCCUCAGCGGGGAGUGGGCCGGCCGCUGCUGGCGCGAUUGGCCCGGACCGUUGUCAUUCAGGGCAGCUCCAUUCAUGGCCAAACCCCGAGUCGACCAGCCGAACCAACAGAUGAUUAAGGAGCGUCGCUCUGGGGUGUGACCGAGUCUUGGCUCUAGUCUCCGGGUUGUAACGGCGGCGCCAACUCGCAGCCAUGAGAAGAGUCGGAGGCUGUGGGAACGAUGUCCAGUGGUGCUUCACCCAAGUGAAAGGUACCUCAGACCUUGAUAUAUCUGAAGCUGAUAUAAUUUCUACUGUCGAAUUCAACCACACUGGAGAAUUGCUGGCUACAGGGGACAAAGGGGGUCGUGUAGUGAUAUUUCAGAGAGAGCAAGAGACAAAAAGCCAGCCUCACCAUCAAGGUGAGUAUAAUGUUUACAGCACUUUCCAGAGUCAUGAACCGGAGUUCGAUUACCUAAAAAGCCUGGAAAUAGAAGAAAAGAUCAACAAGAUUCGGUGGUUGCCUCAACAGAAUGCAGCCCACUUCCUCCUCUCGACCAAUGAUAAAACAAUCAAAUUAUGGAAGGUCAGUGAAAGGGACAAGAGGCCGGAAGGUUAUAACCUCAAAGAUGAAGAAGGUAGAGUGAAGGAUUUAUCAACGGUCACAGUGCUGCAGGUCCCAGUACUGAAACCCAUGGAUCUGAUGGUGGAGGUGACUCCACGGAAGAUUUUUGCUAAUGCCCAUACCUAUCACAUCAACUCCAUUUCGGUCAACAGUGACUGUGAAACAUAUAUGUCAGCCGAUGACCUCAGGAUAAACCUCUGGCACUUAGGAAUAACAAAUAGGAGUUUCAACAUUGUAGAUAUUAAACCAGUAGACAUGGAAGAAUUGACUGAAGUGAUCACAGCUGCAGAGUUCCACCCUCAUCACUGUAACCUCUUGGUUUACAGCAGCAGCAAAGGAACCCUGCGGCUCUGUGACAUGAGGACAGCUGCACUGUGUGAUAAACACGCCAAAUUGUUUGAGGAGCCAGAGGAUCCCAGUAACCGGUUCUUCUUCUCAGAGAUAACCUCUUCCGUGUCUGAUGUGAAGUUUAGUCACAGCGGACGGUACAUGAUGACACGUGAUUACCUCACUGUCAAAGUCUGGGAUCUCAACAUGGAAAACAAGCCUAUAGAAACAUAUCAGGUUCACGAUUACCUCCGGAGUAAGCUCUGUUCCCUUUAUGAGAAUGACUGCAUCUUUGACAAGUUUGAAUGUGUGUGGAAUGGCUCAGACAGUGUUAUUAUGACUGGUGCCUACAAUAAUUUCUUCAGGAUGUUUGACCGCAACACUAAACGAGAUGUCACCCUGGAAGCUUCCAGGGAGAACAGUAAACCACGGGCUGUCCUGAAGCCACGGAAAGUCUGCACGGGAGGCAAGCGGAGAAAAGAUGAAAUUAGUGUUGACAGUUUAGACUUUAACAAGAAGAUCCUGCACAUGGCCUGGCAUCCAACUGAGAACAUAAUAGCAGUGGCAGCGACAAACAAUCUCUACAUAUUUCAGGAUAAAGUGAACUCGGAGAUGCACUAGGUUUAUAAAUACCUUGGUGUAAUUAUAAACCAGCCUUCUUUUUCCAGACCUCUCUGCCAGUGAUCUUCGCAAGUUUGAAUUCAUCUUAGUGGAAUUGUCAAGUGUGGUUUCUCAUUAGUGUGUAUCACUUGUCAGUAAGAAUUGAUUUUUGUCUGUCACUGGGGUGAACUGAGCACCUAGAGUCAAAUACAGAAGGGCAAGCUUGGUCACCAUCUACACAGUCAAUCGGAUGUCUAUGGUUCAGGCAUCUUAGAAAAUGUACUUGGAAAUAUUUUCAUCCAAGAUCUGAAUUUAUAGACGAGGGGACAUACAGGAUCUGACUACAUUUUAAUUUCUGAUACAGUCUUCAGUCUUUAUGAUGGAUUCACUUGGUCAUGCAUAAGUAAAUAACUUCAGCAGGCACUUGAAACGUGGAAGAGCUGCUGUCUUUGUUUUGCCAGAUUGUCCAUAUAUAAGGAUUGCUAACCAAAUUGAUGCCAUUUCUUUUGAAUGCACCAUUUUAGUUGUUAGACAAUUUGAGACAAAAAAAUGCAGGGCGGGUCAGGCAGCAUCUAUAGAGAGAGAAACGUAAUUCACUUUUCAGGUCAAUUGCCCGAUUGAGCAGUUCCCUAUUUCAAUCUCCACACAUGCUGCCUGAUCUGUGGAAUAUUUCCCGCAAUUUGUUAUUAUUUAAACUUCUAGCACCUGCAUUCUUUUGGUUUUCUAUGGAUAAGUGGAUUCUGAUAUUACUCUCUUGCCAAUUGGCUUGAAUAGCUAGGUAACAAUCUAUCUUUCCUUUCAAAUUGUUGGAAGCAAAGUGAAUUGAAUUAUUUGCACUCCUAGUUAAAAAGUAUGUACCAAAAAAUUCGCAACUGCUGUUAAAUUUGGCAUAAAUGAAAUUCCGAUUCAAAGGCAUUUAGUUAAAAGCAGACAGUACAAAGAACAUUGUUUUGAAGUUAGCAUCAGUGGAUAUUCUGUGAAUUUUUCAUUGAACAGUUUUACACCUGAUCUGAAUCUUUCUGUCAGGGUCACUGGUCACAAAAUGGGGAAAUCAUCCACAAUGCAGCACUGCCAUUGAAAAGGAAAAAAAUGCAAGGUAAUGCAAUUUUAUUUUGAAGAAUAUCUUCAAAAUCCUGAAGAAAUAGCCAUGCAUUAAUCAUUUAUCAAACAGCUAAAAAUAUAGUUUAAAAUCUCUUUACUAAACUGAUCUGUAGGGGAAAGAAUAAUUUCCACAAAUUGAGGCAAAGCUGCAUUUAAAAAAAACUGUUUAAUGAGUUGAAUUAUUUGUGGCCUGUCAUAACAUUUAAGAUGACCUUCAAAAAUGUUCGGCAUUUGUGGAGGUUUCAGAAAUCUACCGCAUCAUUAAUUUGGAUUAUCCCGAAUAUGACCAUUGCUCUCUGUGAUGAAGCUGUGGGGAACAGGAAAGGUAACUUUACUCCUACAUUUUUCGCAGCUGCUUGAAAUAAAAUACCAGACGACGGUGCCUCUUGGGUGCUGACGAUACCUGCAUUUACGUUGAGGUUGGCAUAGCAAUGGGAUAAAAUAAUGGAAGUCAUUACAUUAUGAACACUACUUAAUUCUCAUACCCAUCGUUCUGCACUGAAAACCACAAGACCUACUAUGUUUUUAUAUUUUUCUGAAUUUUCCAAUUACCUAAAAUCAUGUGCUAAAGAGUGGACAGUGUUAUGUUGAAGGGGAUUGAUGAAGGGGAAUGGGAGUUAAUGGGCAUUGCAAAGUGGAAGGCAUAAGUACUUUGUCUUUAUUCUUUAUUAAAGUUACUGAAAUAUCAUUGAGUUUGGAGAUAUUCAUUGAGAAAAUUGGAUGUGAAUCAUAAAGCACAAUACAGUUUUAAUAAAUUGAUUAAUGUCAGAACGCCAUGGAUGUCUGAAAAUUCAGAGUGCUUUGGUUCUUUUUACUCCCGAGUUCACUGAGCAGUCACAUUGCAGGUAACACACUAACACUGACUUCUGCGAGAAAGAACUGAACAAAAGCUAUUGAACAUUUUGACAAAAUUGUACUGUGUUAAAUAGAAAUCUACAGGAGGUUCCUCAGUAGGUGCUUCAACUUUAGCUAUUUUGGGUACAAACUUUGAAAUUUGCUUGGAAAAAUGAUGUCUCUCGAACCUGUUGCUGGUCUAUACCUGGGCAAUGCUUUUUACUUCUAAUAUGAAAUUGGUAAAAAUGUUUGUCAAUGAGAGAGAUGUUAACAGGUUUUCAAAUAAAAUCUAAUGUCAGCCACUG